AUGAUACCUUCAUGUGUUCCACAUGAACUGCAAAAUUUAACACAGAUUGAGGAAAUGUUGAUUGCUCGUGCUUUGCCCAUCAUGAGAGUUUAUAUUAAACCUGGUGGUCAACGAGGUUUUUCGGGGCAUUGUAUUAACCUGCCACAAAAUGUCAAAGAACUUGCAAUGUCUUUGCCAAGAUAUCCUAAAGACUUAGCUGUGAUUAUUGUCAAGGCUAAAGGUAGAGAAAACACAUUCAGAGAUGUGACUGUGCGAAAGCAAAAAGUGCACAAUGCUUUAGUUUGGCUUAUCAAUAAUAAUCCUCAUUAUUCUGAGUUAUUAAUUAAUCAAGAUGCAUUAAAUUCCUUACCUGAAAAUGGUGUACCACCAGGUCUCAUGACUGUUGAGACUGAUGAUGACAUAGUCUCAGAUGACAAUUGUUCUCCUGAUGUAGGUCCUCCUACUGAUAAUCCAUCAGAGGAUAUUGUUUAUAAUGACUCUACUGAAAUGAGUAGUUUUUUACCUGUUGGUGAACAACAACAAACGGAAAUUGAAGCUGUUAGAAAUCAGCUGUCUGAAAAUGAGCCAAUGCCAUGGCCCUCGGUUGAAAAUGAGCCAAUAAAUGAGUAUCAGAUAUCACAUCUGGCCACAAUGGCUUUCCCGACAUUAUUUCCAGAUGGGAAAGGUGAUCCUACUAAUCAAGGACUUCUGAGAGAUGUCCCUCUUCAGGAACGAAUAAAGCAUCUUCUAAAAUUUGCUGAAAUUAUUGAUGGUAAAUGGGUAUACCGUUUUGCUAACCACCCCAGAUUUUCUUAUUGGGCUUUUAACAUGAUUCAAAGAAAACAAAUUUUACAACAAAGUGGAAUAUUCCUCAAACAGAACCCAGGAGCUCAUCUCACAAUAGAUGAACUGUGUGAAAUGGCUGUCAGUAACAAUGCUAGUGUAUUUAUGUCUAAAGUGUCGAGAUAUGUUGGCAAUAUUGCAGGUACUAAUGCUUACUGGAAUAGAGUAAGAGAGGAACUCAAAGCUAUCAUAACUAGUGUUGGAGCACCAACAUUAUUCUUCACUUUCUCCUCUGCAGAUAUGCAUUGGCCUGAGUUACAUGCUUUAUUUAAAACUGAUACUGACAAUGAGUUAGGUAACUCUACCAGUGAUGUAAGACGACAAAAUGUGAUCAACAAUCCCCAUGUUGUAGAUUGGUUUUUCACCCAAAGAUUAGAAAGCUUUGUAAAACACUGGCUUUAUGAUACACUUGGUGCAAAAUGGCACUGGUUUCGAUAUGAAUACCAAGGUAGAGGUAGUAUCCACUGUCAUGGUACUGCUAAACUAAAUAAUGACCCAGGUUUGUGUCAACUUACUCAGACUGCUUUGAAAGGUUUCUUAGCCCAAAAAUUUAAAGAUGAAAAUGAUUGUUCUGACACAACUGAACUAGACCAGGAUAUUGAAGCUGGGCAGAAAGCAGCUGACACAGUAUGUCAGUAUGUUGAUUGGUUAUUAUCAACCGUCAAUCCUAAUCCACCAGAUGAGGACACGUGGAUAAGACCUGGGGUUCAUCCAUGUCAAAGAAGUCAUGACAUUCCUGAACAUGAAAAACAAUCAGAUUAUGUAGAUCUAUUAAACAUGGUUCAACGACAUACUCGUUGCAGUACAAGUUAUUGUCUUAGAAAGAAGUCAAAUGAAACAGAGUUGAAAUGUAGAUUUCAUUUCCCUUUUGAUAUUUGUCCUAAGACAAAAUUAGAAUUUGAAAAAAUUCAAAUGCAAAGGCAACUCAACAGUUGA